AUGAGGAAGAUCCCCCCGCUGAGCAGAUCCCUCGCACACAACCUCCUCAGGAGUGUGCUUAAGCAGAGGCUGCAGAGAAAAAAGUACCUGUUUGUUUCCAUCCAAGAGUUCAGCCACAACAAUGUGAUGGAAAAAAUCGCCUGCACAGGUCAGGCAAAAACAGACACAUCAACAAAAGAGUUGCUCGAAAUUUUACAAAAUGAUGAACUCCCCACAGUCAUUAUGGAUAAAAUGGGUACCUUCACCCGUCUGAAGGAGAAACAAAAUUUAUUGUAUGAAAGGAUCCUCUUUAAACCAACGAGCUUUUCCACCUUGUCUCAUUUUAUGCAGAUGAUGAAAAAGGGAAAUUUGCUCACCGAAUUUGAUAUGUACUUUUUUGAAGAAGAUUUUCACAAAAUGAAAUUAAAUAGGGGACAAAAUAAAAAGGAGCUUUUUAUAGACAUCAGGGGAGUUGAUCGAGAGAAGCACAGCUCCUUGGGGAUGUCCACUCAGCAUGGGUCAGUUAAAACGAGCUGCACAACAACCCAAUUGCUAAAACAGUACAAUGUGGAACCGCUAUACUAUUAUAACAUCCAAAGGUACGAGCCGAACGAAGACCCUUCGUCCUUCCUCAUCGAUAAAAGAAGGUUAACAAAGGAGGAGUACACCUAUCAGUAUGUCUCCACUAUAUUGCCUUACAUAUGCUUCACGCUGAUGUUGUUCUUCCCGCACGUCCUCAUAUGUUUAUACAUUCCACAUGUGAAGGAGAAAAAUGAGAAGCACAGAAAAAUGUGCAAAUUAUUUCAAGUUAAGCAACACGUACACAUGUAUAAGGAUAUCAGACCGGAGCAUCUUCAGAAUAUAAUUGACAAUAACAUGAAGACACUCGUGUUUUUUUACAACAAGGAUAUUUUUAUGAACAUGCAUGUGAAAUCAUUAAUGAUAGAUUUAUCCAAAAUUUUAAAAAAAAAUUCUGUUCCUGUUAAUGUGGUCGGUGUGGAUACAGCUAAGCAUAGCAUUCGUUACGGUGUAUCCACAGAUUUUGAGGAGGUUCUUUUUCCUGCCAUUUAUUUCAUUUGUCCUUACCACUAUGACAAUGAUAGUGGCGUUUUUCGGAUUGAAGGCCCGCUAACUUUGGAGAGUAUCUGCGCGCAGAUCUCGCACUUCGUGCACGUUCCGCGCAACGCCUUCGGCCAGAUGCGG